GCUUUGGAUUAGCUGUUGUUCAUGGCUCUUUUUUUUUCUCUCCCCGGAAUAUGACAUUCUAUAGAAUCAUAAAGAUUUGAGCUUGAUAUGCAAUAGUGGAUACAUGCGUGUGUUUUGUGAAUUCUGCCUAUGCAUGCACCCGGAUAUGAUCAUGGUCAUGUGAGGUGUGCCUAUGUGUGUAUAUAUUUCUUUAGCUAGGGUGUGUGUGGGACUAAAAGGGGCAGAAAAGAAAGUGAACGAGUUAGUAGAUUGUGAUGUGGUUGUUCUUGGCACUUCCGAAAACAUUUUCGGAUAAUUUAAAGAAGAAGUUGCCGGAAAAUGUGACCCUUAAGGGUCCUGGUGGUGUUAUGUGGAAUAUAGGGAUGACUACUAGAGAUGAUACCUUGUACUUCGGGCAUGGUUGGGAACAAUUUGUGAAAGACCACUGUUUGAAAGAGAACGAUUUCCUGGUCUUUAAGUACAAUGGUGAAUCUCAGUUUGAUGUUUUAAUAUUCAAUGGGUGGAGCUUGUGUGAGAAGGCGGGUUCUUAUUUUGUUAGAAAAUGUGGGCACACUGAAAUUGACCAUGCAGGUGGAAGUCUCAACAAGAAAAGGGACACAGAUAAUGAUUCUUUGGAAGAAGGCAAUAUCCCUUCAAAUGCUGGUGUGGAAUGUGCUUUGCACGAGAAAUCUGCACAUGUUAAUGGAACAAAGGAACCAAUAGAUGUACCUCCUGAAACUCCUCCUACUGAAAAUACUUUCAAUGCUGGUGUUGAAUCUUCUGGUGUGGAGCAAUUCACACCUGAUGGAGGAGUCACUCUGGCAGCUGUUCCCUCCGAAACUGCUAAUGGGAAAAGGAUCAGGAACAUUGUUUCUGCUGUUAAGCAUGUCCAUACCAAGCGGAAGGGAAGACCAGCUAAAUGGCAUGUUCGUGAGAGAACACUUGACUGGGUGGCUGCACUAGAAGCUGAACCUGUUUCUGCAUCUAGAAGUGGGACAUAUGAGGUAUACAAAUCAAAUAGAAGGCCUGUCACAGAUGAUGAGACUAGAAAGAUUGAGUCAUUGGCCAAGGCAGCAUGCACCGAUGACAGUAUAUAUGUAGUCAUGAAACCCACGCAUGUGUACAAGAGAUUCUUCGUGUCAAUAAGGGGUACAUGGAUAGGAAAACAUAUCUCUCCAUCAUCUCAAGAUGUGAUAUUGCGCAUGGGUAAGGGUGAAUGGAUUGCCAGAUACAGCUACAAUAAUAUUCGUAACAAUGGAGGACUCACUGGUGGGUGGAAACAUUUUUCUUUGGAUAGCAACCUUGAAGAGGGUGAUGCCUGUGUGUUUAAACCAGCUGGCCAAAUAAACAACACUUUUGUCAUUGAUAUGAGCAUUUUCAGAGUUGUUCCGGAGACUGUUCCUCUCACUCCGAUGUCUCGUGGAACUAGAACUGGAACAAGAACUGGAACUGGAAGAAGGGGUAGGAAGCCAGCAACCAUGAAGUCUAUUCAGACACAACUUAGUUCACCAUGAUGAGGGCCAUGUCUGUGUUGGAAUGCAUUGCAAUGCAAAGUAAGUUGAUAGUUGUUUUAGGACCACGUUGAGUCUGGAUGUUAUGUUGAAUUGUUUAGCCUAUCAGUUUUCUAAGUGAGUAGUUUAACAUGUGUACUUUUUAUUGGUGCUGUUAGAACUUUAAGGUUUAAAUAUGAACUAAUUAGCUAUUUGCAAGGUGUUCUAAAA